UAUAAACACGCCUAUAUGCACCCUCGUUUCUACCUCACCUACACCGGAAUCUCUCUUUGCAUAAUGCUCCGACUUCAAUUCUGUGCUCGGAUCUUCACCGGCGACUUCUCCGAUCAUCAAACAUUAUUCGCUAAUCACCUCCGACGAUCGCCGUUUUCGAUUUCGUUUUCCACUUCUCAACUGAAGCAUUAUCGUCGCCGAUCGUUGAAACCGAUUGUUAUAUCUUGUAAUUAUUCUCGUGAUAGAAGAUCUGGAGACUACGACUAUGAAGACAGUGAUGAUUACUUGGAAGCUGCUGUUCUCAUGACAGAAACUCUCUUGCACCAUCAGAUGCGUAUACAAGGAUAUCAAGAGGUGAUGAAAUGGCAACCCACUAAGAACUUUUUCCCCUUAUCGGGUCAGGGUAAAGGUUCUAGAAACAUCCCAACAAUUGGACCAGAGCUUCUUAGCCAGUUUCGAAGUCCCACCAUAUUUCUUAAGAUUUCUUGCGAUUGUGAUGGAGACUAUCUGCUACCAAUUAUUGUAGGGGAAUAUGCAGUUGAAAAGCUUAUAAGCUCCUCUCUGGAAGAUGAGGGAACCCCAAACCAUUUUCAGCUUGUGAGAAAUAUUGUUGGGAAACUUGGCUAUGAAGUGAAACUGGUACAAAUAACAGAAAGAGUGGGUAAUAUUUACAUGGCAAAUAUACGUUUUCACAAGCCCGGCAAAGAAGAUAUUAGAGUGGAUGCUCGUCCUUCAGAUGCCAUAAAUGUUGCUAAACGAUGCAGAGCACCAAUUUAUGUAAGCAAACAAAUUGUCUUGGCUGAUGCUAUUAAGAUCGUUUACAAGACGGGGAAAUUGCCUGGUAGAAAACCUACAUAUGACGUAUAUUUGGACAGUGCCAUAGAUGGUCCAGAUGAACUCUCUGAGGAGCUUGAUUUAGUUACAAAAAUGAAUCUUGCUGUCAAGGAAGAAAGAUACAGUGAUGCAGCCAUGUGGCGGGACAAACUUCUAGACCUACGCUCACCAGAUAAAUGAAUAUGCUAUGAAAUUCCUUUGUACCUGAAUGCAACUUUCAGCCAUUUAACGAAGAUCAUUGGCGGAUGUAUUUCAGUGUCUCACUGACAAAGUAACACAACUGCAAAUAUUCUUGUAUGUACAGAAUUGACGCCCCUUGAAAACAUUGUUCGUGUGGAAUUGUAUGUGAUUACCGAUUGGUCCCAUAAACCGAGUCAUGGUAAUUAUGAAAUCAGUGAUCCUUGAUGUAUCUUUCAGAAUGUGUUCUGAUGUAAAAACCAGUUUUUGAUUUCAAAAUCAUUUGGAUGGUUUUUGAAGUGGGCAA